AUGCAAAAGGCCCUCAAAGCAGUGGAGUCUACGGAGUGGCUGUUUGGUGACGAUGUCAAAGGGCAAGCCAUUUUUCUAGGAUUAAUCAUAGACUCAGCUCAUAUGAGACUGUCCCUCCCAUGGGACAAGAGGUUAGGUAUUAAAGCAUUGACGACGAAGCUUAUAAAGACGACGAAGGUAUCGCUGGAAAAUUUAGCUAGAGUCAUAGGAACACUAGUGGCAGCCUGCCCCGCGGUAGCAGAAGAUCUCUUGUGGUGGAACAAGCAGAUCAUGCUAGUGAACAAUAGGAUUAGGAGUUGCGCCUUUGAGAUGGAAAUUUUUUCAGACGCCUCACAAACGGGCUGGGGCGCGACGUGUGGAGAGUUAAAAACUCAUGGCCUUUGGAGCGCAAUGGAAAGAGAAAAACAUAUUAAUUGGUUAGAAAUAAAGGCAGCGUCUUUAGCCAUCAGAUGCUUUGCUAUCUCUCGUUUUGAUGCUCAGAUUUUACUGCGCAUAGACAAUGUGACAGCACUGGCAUACAUUAAUAAAAUGGGGGGAACUAAACAUCAAGAUCUCCAUGAGGUGACCAAAGACCUAUGGCUCUGGUGUGAGGAGAAAAGGAUUUGGGUUUUCGCGGAGUACGUCGUGUCUAAGGAAAAUCCAGCAGAUGAAGGCUCUAGAAUUAAUAAUCUAGAUACAGAGUGGGAACUGUCAGAUAGGGCGUUUCGGGACAUCUGCAGAGCCUUCGAGAAGCCUUCGAUAGACUUGUUCGCAUCUAGGAUUAAUACCAAGUGUAUCAAGAAUUCACCCACUGGCCUCGGACCUUUCCCUGGUAGCAGGGCUGUUAUCAGGCAAGCGUUUGAGAGAAAAGAUCUAGACGCAGAAACAGUAGAGAUUAUGGUGGCUUCGGUAUCCAGCAACACCAUUAAGCAAUAUGGGACAGCAUUGAAGUUCUGGUGGGAAUUUUGUGCUGCAACAACGAAGGACCCUUUCAAGGCCAACGAAAAAGAGAUCUUGGAAUGCUUAACAAGGAGGUAUGAAGAGGGUGCAGCGUAUGGCACUUUGACCUGUUUUCGGGCAGCAGUGGCUUUGAUUAGCGACGAAGACUGGUCAAAGUCUCAGUUGUUAAACAGAUUUUUUAAGGGCGUAUUCAGAACCAGACCCACAGCCCCGAAAUACGCAGCCACAUGGGAUGUGUCGAUUGUGUUGGAUUUAAUAGAGACCUGGGAGCCGUUAGAAUCACUGAAUCUGCGUAUGCUUACGUUAAAGUUGACUAUGCUAUUGGCCCUCGGUUCAGCGUUUAGGGUACAAGCUUUAGUCUUCAUAAAACUAAGGGACAUCAAAUUUAUAGGAGAGACGGUGGAAAUAACAAUUAAAGACGUUACCAAGACGUCGAGACCAGGAUCUUGCCAACCAUACGCAAAGUUUCAUCCUUUCCGGAAUAAGCGAUUAUGCAUAGCAACGGUUUUAAAAUUCUAUAUUCAGAAGACAGAGGAUAUCAGAGCUGACUCCACUCAACUUCUUGUUUCAUUCCAACAUCCACAUAAAGCAGUGGGGACUAAUACAGUGAGUCGUUGGCUCAGGGCAGUCAUGAAACAAGCGGGGGUUGAUGAGCAGUUCACUGCACACUCAACAAGACAUGCAUCAACUUCCAAAGCAUGGCUGCAGGGAGUAAAUAUAAAGGAUAUUAAGAAAGCAGCAGGAUGGUCUGAUAGAUCAAAUACAUUUUACAAAUUUUACAACAGACAGAUUAGUAAACCCGAUGGAGCUUUCGCAAUGACUGUUCUAAGUAAACCGUGA